AUGGCUGGCGGUGGCGGUGGCAUCGUUGCUGGUGUCGGCGCCAAUGUGCUGGUAGACUUGGACUGCCACGCCAAGCUCAGCGACUUUGGCUGCUCCAAGCGUUCCAAUGACACCAUGUCGCAUACGAUGCGAGGCUCCAUACCAUGGAUGGCACCCGAGGUCAUCAAGAACACGGGGUACGGCCGAAAGGCCGACAUCUGGAGCUUCGGAUGUGUUGUGAUUGAAAUGGCCACGGCAAAAAGUCCAUGGGGGUCCUUUGACAACCCCAUGGCCGCCAUGUGCAAAAUUGCAAUGUCAGAUGCGACGCCACCAAUCCCAGAAGGAGUGUCUCCCGCAUGCCAGGACUUCAUCGGCCUUUGCACCCGGAGAGAUCCCGCUGACAGGCCAGAUGCCACCACGCUGCUGGCGCACGAAGUGCUUCGCAACGUAUGCACUGAAGACGACUGA